CUGUGUCAAAGAGAGGCUUGCAAAAAGGAGGAAAUAAGGCCGAAACAUUCCACCAAAUUUAACCGAUACGAAAACAUCUUGGCACAAAAUGGGUGGAAAAGAACUAAAAGCGCUUGAAUCGCCAUAAAUGAAGGACCAAACAGUCACUUAAAGAUAAAUUUGCUGUUUCAUCUCGACUCGAUUUUGAUUUGCAAAAAUGUCAGACUCUGGCCGCAAAGUGAUUCAUACUGAUGUUGACACAGGGUUAUGUGUCGUAAAUGAUUCUGGUGAUGAACAAGAUGAUGAGGCCUUUGAAAGAAGUGAAAGUGGGUCUGGGGAUAUAUCUCUACUAAAUGGUGAAAAGAUUAUCACAAAAGCAGCUGAUGUUAUGUAUGUUUGUCCUUUUACUGGCAGAAAAGUUGGAUCUCUUUUUGUCACUAAUUAUAGAAUUAUCUUUCAAGGAAAGGAUGAAAUGCUAGUUGUAGAUUCAGCAUUAUGUAAUGUUGUGAAAAUCGACAAAAUUGGAGCAUCAACAAAGAAUGCAGACAGAAAUUAUGGCAUAGAUAUUACUUGUAAGGAUUUGAGGAAUCUCAAGUUUGCCUUAAAACAGGAAAACAGCUCAAGAAAGAAAAUUUUUGAUGCAAUUCAGAGUAAUGCAUUUCCAGCUACCUGUGGAAUUCCUGGAGUGCGAUUCUUUGCAUUUGAAUAUCGAGAAGAAUUUAAGAUCAAUGGAUGGGAUGUUUAUGAUCCAGAAAGAGAAUACAAUCGACUUGGACUUCCAACUGAAUGUUGGCGGAUAUCGACGGUGAAUCGGGAAUACCAACUCUGUGAUACCUACCCUGGAAUUAUAGCAGUUCCGUCUUCCUGUAGUGACGAGGAAGUCACCAAAGUUGCAAGUUUCAGAAGUCGUUCAAGGAUACCAGUGCUUUCCUGGUUGCAUCAGACAAACAGCGCAUCGAUAACACGUUGUAGCCAGCCAAACAAUGGUGUAGGUGGCAUCAAAAGAAGUAAAGACGACGAGAGAUACAUCCAGACAAUUCUUCAAGCCAAUCCACAAAUGCAUAAAUUGUAUAUAAUGGAUGCUAGACCAAAGAUAAAUGCAGUGGCAAACCAAGCGAAAGGUGGUGGGUAUGAGGACAGUGAUAAUUACCCAAACACUGAACUCGUUUUCCUUGAUAUUCAAAACAUCCACGUGAUGAGAGAAAGCUUGAGAAAACUGAGAGAUAUGUGCUACCCAAGUAUCGAUGAUGCGCAUUUUCUCAGCAAUCUAGAAUCAUCGCGAUGGCUUGAUCACAUAAAGGCCAUUUUGUCCGGUGCAGUUCGAAUUGCGGAUAUUGUCGACAGAUGCAGGCUGUCCGUUAUCGUGCAUUGCAGUGAUGGAUGGGAUCGGACCCCUCAGUUGACAUCAUUGGCAAUGUUGCUGCUCGACCCAUACUAUCGUACCAUUGAGGGAUUUGAGGUUCUUAUUGAGAAAGAAUGGUGCAGUUUUGGUCACAAGUUCGCAAGAAGGUAUGGGCUUGGGGAUAAGAAUUAUUCAGAUGAGCAGAGAUCACCCGUGUUCCUCCAGUUCAUCGAUUGUGUUUGGCAAGUUGCAAGACAGUUUCCUUGCGCUUUUGAAUUCAACGAAAACUUUCUCAUAACGAUUUUGGAUGAGCAGAACAGCUGCCGCUUUGGCACAUUUCUGUACAACGCAGAGGCAAUUAGGGUAAAAGAGAAAGUUCGCACGGAGACAGUAUCCUUGUGGUCUUAUAUCAAUAACAAGAAAAGUGACUUUAUCAACCCGUUGUAUGCGAAAAAUUUGUAUCAGCACGUCCUUUUCCCUGUCGCCAGUAUUCGCCAUUUGCGAUUAUGGAAGUCGUAUUAUAUCAGAUGGAAUCCACGCACCCAGCCACAGGAAUCAAUUGAACAAAUCAAUAAGCUGUUAUUUCAUCGGAUUGAGCAGUUGGUUGAGAAAUGCGAAGCACUCCAAAGAGAAAUCGACGAGAGGGCGACAGUGGAUGGUGAUCCUAGUGACUCAGUUUCUUCGAAGCAGUCUGCAACCCCCUGGCCUGUGGAAGAUUGGAAAAAUCAGUCUGCAGUGCCAGAAGAUUUGAUUUGAUUCAACUUUCCUGGCUUUUACCGUUGUUGCCGUCCGAAAAAAAUUAAUGGAAACUCAAUUUCGAUAAGCUGUGGCUCAUACACAUGCAUUGUUUGAUAUCGAUCACAUGAGUGCGGGUGUCCAAUCAAAUUCUUCAUUCUUUUUGGCGCUGUUGGAAAAAGGAAGUAUGAAACAUCUGGGACUGUGCUUGAUGUUGUCUGGUACAGUCCGAAACUGUAUUUUUUAAUUGAUUGGCCAAAUGACAUGAGCUGUACCGCAGGCAGUUCUUGAUAAAGCAUGUUCCUUUUUUGUUUUCUUUCAAUUUUUUCCAAAUGAAAAUUCUUUUUUAAAAAACCCCUGAAGUUGCACUUUGGUUUGUUCAUAGUUUUCUAAGGGAUGUUUUGAUUAAGACCACGAGCUGUUGUUUUCCGGUGAAAAUUGAUUUGAAAAGUGAUUUCGAUUGUUCGAUUCUGUCUAAUUAUUCAUGUCUAAGUAUUCAAGUCUAGUUAUAAGAAGAGUAUCGCCUAUCUUGAUUAAGCAAUCAACUUUUGAAGGGAAACAAGGCAGUUGCCUUGAGCAUGUCCAUUUUCUAUUCCCACCUUCCCAUCAUUCUUGCCUCCUUCCCUUGCUUGAAAUAUAUUUUGACUUUGUUUGUGUUACAAACUCUCAGUUUUAAUGACCUAGGUUAGGUAUAAGUGCAGAGUUAUAAUUGAAAAGGUCAUUUAAUUAGCAUUUCUAAAGAGUUCUUGUUGUACUGUUAAAAUGCAUGAAUCUUAGACCCCGUUUACACUAGGACGGAUCCAAAUGGAUCCGUACCCAAACUAGGACAGAUAGGCUUUUUAUUUACACUAGACCUGCUGGAUCCAUACUCAUUUGGGUCUGCUAUCUGGACCCGUGUGGGAUCGCUUUCCAAGAUGUACUCACUUUGAUCCGUUCCCGUCUAGGUCUAGUGUAAACGGCUGGAACCGAACCAAACCAAGCACACCUCGAAUUCCAUAUGCAAGCAGAAAGUUCUUCAUAUAAUCACAUUGCUAGUGUUAUGGUUUAAUUCCUAGCUGCAGUUUAUUGUUUUCCUAUGUGCUCAACACAGGAUUCGUCAGUUGAGACUAUAGCUUUGGUUCUCUCUAAACAAAGGAGCCUGGGACUAGGCCUACAUCAUAAAAUUCAACAACAGCGAUAUCGGCACCGCAAAUAAAGAAGAUUCUGGCAACGACUAGGAAGAGCCAGCGUUUAGUGGCAAUGUUGUUCCUAGAGAAUAGUACGAGAAUUUUAAACUAAGUACGAUCGUUUUUGCAAAAGCGAACAACUCACUUGAGAAAGCCUUUGUCUGUUGAAACCGAAUGGGAGGUCAAGUAGCCGAGAUAGUGGACUGGAUCCGUGCUAGUGUAAACGCGAUCUAAAUUGGAUACGUUCCAGUAUAAACACCAACAAAACUGGUCACGGAGCCAAAGUGAAUCCGUACCCAUUUGGAUCCGUGCUAGUGUAAACGGGGUCUUAAUUGUUUUCACCGGGUAGGGAGCUAACACUGACGCAACAAACCACGUAAAGCUAAAGCAGCUUCUUAUUAAACUAUAGUAUAUUCUUAUUAAAUCUUUAAAUUACUUGAAAGCUUGCGCUUACUUUGAAAUUUGUCUUUGGAAAUUUUGUACUUUGAAAUGUAAUUUUGAAAUUUUGUCUUCGAGAGACUGAAAACAUACUACUAAAAAUCAAGCCCAAUUUUUUACUUUCGUUCCGCUGUAUAAGGGCAUCUAGCACGAAAGCUCACUAGAGUUCUUUUAUGGUUUGUUAAGCUACGCUUAUAAUGUAUAUUAUCAGCAACUACUGUUGCCUGAUGAGCACGUGUAACCCAGAGCAGCAACUUAGAGCCGUCCUGUUCUAUACACCAAAGCAUAUACAGCUCUGCCUA